AACUUCAUCGCGUUCAGUGUGGGGAGAUUUGGGGGCUUUUAUCGUCACGGGCAGAAUCGUGGGCGAGAAGCCGUCUGUGUUUAAUAAGCAAGCAGGUCCGACUGGCUGCAGGCGAGUUGCGAUACCAUGGAUGAUUUGGAUGCUUUGUUGGCGGACCUUGAGUCCACAACGUCUCACAUCUCUAAGCGGCCACUAUUCUUGUCCGAUGAGACACCCUACUCAUACCCAACUGGAACCAGCGCUCAGCAGGACAUCGGCUCCCCACCCCCAGUCCCGCCUGCUCCCUCAGAGCAAGCACUGAAUGGAAUAGACGAUACACAGUCCUUUAGCCCUGUUCAGAGAAGUCGCUGGUCUAGAGAUAGUAGCAGUCCAACUCAACCCCUUGCUGAAGAGGAUCACGUAUACAGUUUCCCCAAUAAGCAGAAGAGCAGUGAGGCGUCUGCCGCUGCCAUGAGUUCAUCGCUAGGCAGCAACUUGUCAGAAUUGGACCGUCUACUGCUGGAACUCAAUGCUGUCCAGCACAAUACACCAUCCUUCCCAAAAGAAGAGGAUGUAACUCCACCGCUGCCCCCCAGCACUACCAACCACUAUGUCCAGCAAAAUGGAGUCUCUCCCCCUGGCAAUGCUCCUCCACCUGUUAUGGAGAAGCCCAAGCGCAAUGCUGUAACCAGAGGAAUAGAGGAUGUGCGGCCCAGUGUAGAGAGCCUUCUAGAUGAACUGGAAAGUUCUGUGCCUUCUCCUGUCCCUACACCUUUAGUUGUCUCAGAUGAGCUAACAGACGGACAAGAGGAAACAGCGGCACAGCAGCAGGCCAGGAUGUCCGCCUCUUCAGCCACACGGGAGCUGGAUGAGCUGAUGGCCUCCCUGUCAGACUUCAAGGUCCAAAGCAAUAUCCAGUCACAGGGGAAGACCUCUCCUUCGAGCCCUCCAAAACCAGCAAACAAGCUGGACAACAUGCUGGGGAGCCUCCAGUCUGAUCUCAACCGUCUUGGAGUUCAAACUGUGGCCAAGGGUGUGUGUGGAGCCUGCAGGAAACCCAUCAUCGGACAGGUGGUGACUGCAAUGGGCAGGACAUGGCACCCAGAGCAUUUUGUUUGCACCCACUGCCAAGAGGAAAUUGGCUCCAGAAACUUCUUUGAGCGUGAUGGACAGCCUUACUGUGAGAAAGACUACCACAGUCUGUUUUCCCCACGUUGCCACUACUGCAAUGGACCUAUACUGGAUAAAGUAGUGACUGCCUUGGACAGGACUUGGCAUCCAGAGCACUUCUUCUGUGCCCAGUGUGGAGCCUUUUUUGGACCAGAUGGUUUCCACGAGAAGGAUGGAAAGGCGUUUUGCAGAAAGGACUACUUUGACAUGUUUGCCCCUAAAUGUGGCGGCUGUGCACGUGCCAUUUUGGAGAAUUACAUCUCUGCUCUCAACUCUCUCUGGCACCCCGAAUGCUUUGUUUGCAGGGAAUGCUUUACGCCGUUCAUCAAUGGCAGCUUCUUCGAGCAUGACGGCCAGCCCUACUGCGAGGCGCACUACCAUGAGCGCCGUGGGUCACUCUGCUCUGGAUGUCAGAAGCCCAUCACUGGCCGCUGCAUCACAGCCAUGAGCAAGAAGUUCCACCCAGAGCACUUUGUGUGUGCCUUCUGUCUCAAGCAGCUUAACAAGGGCACCUUCAAGGAGCAGAACGAAAAACCCUACUGCCAGGGCUGCUUCAUCAAACUCUUCAGCUAGGAUAUGCGUGUGGGCGCAUGUACAUGCACACCCUUUCAAACAUUUGUCAGUGUGUGUGUGUGUACAGUAUGUACUCACAUGGGUGUUUGGUGCCGUAGUUUGUGCAGAGGGCGUUGAGUAGUAGUAGAUGAGACCAUGAUCGACAUUUCACUUUCAUUUAAAGGAGCCAUUAACAGAGCCCAAAGAGUUUUUUGUCAUGCUAAAAGUUCAUCCUUAUGUGCAGCAAAGUAGACAUGUUUAUAUCCGUGUGUGUGUGUGUGUGUGUGUGUGUGUGUGUGUGUGUGUGUGUGUGAGAGUGAGUGUGUGUGCACAUGUUUUUGUGCGCAUGUCCAUUUUUGGGAAAUAUUUCCAGUUUUCUCAGAGCCAUGUUUUGUAGAUAAUUUUCUCUAUAUCCCUGGGCAAAAACAGUGCGUUGUGUGUCCAGCCUGGGUCACUGUAGGUUUGUGGCGGUUUCAGAUGGCGUGACACUGUCAUUUGCAUGAACCAUAGAAAGCUAAACUCAAAGAAUUCUGAAAUAUGUAGACGGCGGUUGGACUAUGAUUGUUUGAAUUAUAUAUGAAAAAGAUGUGUAUUUUUCUAGCUUCUAAAAUUGUUGAGGUGCCAUUGCAAAGACACACAUUAUAAACACACAUGCACGCAGUCACUGAUCUCACUAGUAUAGGGAAUCCAAUUUUUCCCCCAAUUUUCGUUCUCUCAACUUUUUUUUUUUUUUGUCACUGCUUCACAAGGCUAGCGAAAAAUUUUGGUGCCCACCAACCACAGAUCUCUCACCACCAUCUAAAUGUGUAUUUUACAUCUUGAUAUACUCAACAUAUCAGGUCCUAUUUUUAUACUCUUUUCCUAUGGAAAUAUAUUCAGACACAUUCUCAAUUUUCAAGUAAUUGCAGAAUUAGACAUUCAGAUUUGUGCUCUCCGUUCAUUCAUUCAUUCACAAUGGAAAAGUAUGGAGUACAUGUGCUUUUGGGGAAUAUUAUUUGUCAGAAGCAUUGUUUUUGUUUUGUUCUUUUUUUUUUUAUUCCAUUACCCAUAUAGCCGAGGAGAGCAACACUGGUCAUUUUUAUACCACUUCUCACUGAAAGAGAAGGAAAUCAGUCAUGUGACAUUCUCUCAUUCAUUUCCCCCAUAACAACUUGGAAGUUUUCUACUUUACUACUGUUUGUGUGUUGUGUUUUACACUAUAAAUGUGUGUGUGUGUGUGUGUGUGUAUGUAUAUGUGUGUAUGUAUAUAUAUCUAUAUAUCUAUAUAUAUAGAUAUAUAUACACACAUAUGUGAAAAAUCUUAAACUUUUGGUGCAAUGUUUGAGAAAACAAGCCAAAAUGCUUGCAAUAUUUUUUGACUCGGUAUGAAAGUGGAGUUGAAAUACUGCUGUAUCUGAGCAUUUACCAAACUCAAAUCAAUCCAGAAUAAACAGGAAUUCAGCUUAGGUCAACGUUUAGUUUCACAUUUUACUUAAACCACUGUUUUGAUGCGAAUCAUGGAUGAAUAAUAAGUAGGCAAAACAAUUUUAACAGCUUCACUGCUUUUGGCUGAUUCAAGAAAAAAAAAAAAAGAAGAAACGCGCUUCUUAAUGGAAUGCAUUAUUAUAUUUUUUUCGACAAUUUGGAUUCGUAGCAUGUUAGUUUUAUUUGAACUGCAAAAUUGCACCUGUCUUAUUGUCAGCACUUGCUGCCAGUUGCUAUAACAAUCAGACAAUGAAUUUGUAUAACUUCAAUACUAGACUUUGUGACGGAGCUGCGUUUUGUCACUGUUAAGAAAAAUAUUUUUUAACUCUUACUGCUCGGACUGAUUUGCAGAGAGCAGGCUCUAUGGGCAUAUAGCCAAACAAUCAUUUACUUAACCACUGACGCACAUGGUCCAGUUUGUAAUGAGUGUCUUAUAGCCAAGGAUACCUCCCCCUCAGUCUUUUUAUUGAGAGCAAUGAGCUCUGAUUUGACUUGUAUCCUCCGUCAGCGCUAGUCUCACUGAUGGAAGCUGGAUGUUUCUUUUAGCUGGUCAGGAAUCAGAAUACAAGGACACCAAGCCAGGGCCGAACAUUCGUGAUGACAUUUCAUAUUACCUAUUUUACAAGUAACUUUGAACUAUCCGAUAUCUCUGAAUCAUUGUGUGAAGUUUUUGACUAUGGUUUGAUUAAUCCUAUGAGCUUCAAUGCAAUUUUUUUUUUUUUUUUUUUUAGAUUUUAAUCCCUUGGUGUGUAAGGUUUGGAGUUUGUAGACAGUAUACAUGUUGGUCAUUUUGUUUUUACUUUGAAAGAAUAUCUGUGCUUGUGCCAAAUCUGUAUGCUAAUGCAAUGAUGUCUUAUACACUGUGGAGUUCUGAGUCUCACCUGUGUUUGAGACCUUGUGGUUUGAGCUCGGGUAGAGAUUUCACCUGCUUUGGUUAGCAUGUUAUGCUGAUUUUCAAAAAGGCUCCUAACACCCAUAACACUGUAACAGACCAGAUUCGGACAAAUGUACUCUACAGAGCCACAUACAGGAGAGUCCAUUUGGUUUAGACCUAAGAAGGCUCAGGGCUUUGGGUUUUUGGAACGCUUGGAAUUCAACAUUUAUGGUUGAGUUCAACUAUGUACGACUCUGAAAGUGAGCAAGGGAUUUUGGUUUUACUUUCAUUCUAUGUUUAUUUAUCUUGCAAUACGUUGCCUUAUAGUUUUCACUCCUUCUAGCUGAAGGUUCAUGGAACAUUAAAAGCCUCUUGGUUUAAGUGAAAUAAAAUCUAUCUUCCUCCAUAUACAGAGAUAUUGUCUUGUGAUCGUUUAACCUUUACAUUUUUUCUCCAUGUGCCACAAAUUUUCAUGGCUCUUUCUGUUGCCUCAUUAAAAACCGAUGUUGGUUUGAUUAUAACGUGCAUUUGAGGAAUGACUGCUACGAAUAAAAUAAUUACUUCAUUUCUAA